GUCACCAAGGGUGUCAGAAGACGGUCGAAAUAAGCCUGCCGGCAAGAAAUGCGAAGUAGGCAAGUAUGGCAACGGAGGAAGAGGCAGAUAACCGUAAGAGUGAAGGAGGACCAGGCUUAGGAGGCAGUGCCGUACAAGGCGAACAGGGGCAGAAGGACAGAGAAUCGAUAAAUCCGGAUGGUACCAAAGGGAACCGGAAGGAGAUCUCCUCAGGGGAAAGUUCGGGGAAAGCCGGGGGAAGCAGACAAGGGACUCAGGAGACCAAGGAGGGCAGAAAUAAGGACAGGGCAAGCCCCCGAAACUCGGAAGGGGCAGUGUCUAAGAAAGUAAGGGUCACGGAUACGAGGCGCAAACUAGCCGAGAUAGACAAAAGGACCGCGGAGUACAAGGCAAGAUUGAUCGAGGAAAUGAUGACUGGGAACCAAGAAGGCCCCCUGCAGGAGGAACCCCAGGACGAACGGAAAACCAGCCGAGGUGGGACUGGACAAGAGGAUAAAGGUAGUGACCGUGGGGGAACGCCGAGCAAAAGAAGGAAAGAGAGAGAGAACUCUUCGGGGAUGGAAGCGGAAAAGGCUACGACCCCGCCAGCCAUAGAUAGUAGGGCUAGCCGUUUGCCGACCGCGCCAGCAGUAACGCGAGGGUGCGAAGGACUCUGGAGCCUUAGGGAAAGAGUGUUGGGAUGGUUUGACCCAGAAGGAACUACGAAAACCAGGGAGGGACAGAAGGCCGGCAAGGAAGGUCCGGAUAACAGUAUGGCAGGCGAAGCCAGCAGCUCCGAGGGCGACCUUAAGAAGAUAGUGUCGUCCCUCGCGCGAGCACUGAACAAAAUUCAAGGCUACCUAGCGGAUGCUAAGAAAAAGUUGACGUUUGAUGGGGCAAACAUCACGCAAUUCCUGAUAGAUUACGAGAAUCUGGCUGCACUGUUGAAAUGGACCGAAGAGGAGAAGAUAGACCACCUGGGGCAGCAUGUGUCUUUGAGCCUAGGACGGGACAUAAUGGUCAUCGUGGCCGCGAGCCGGUCUUGGAAAGAAACCUGGGAUGUGAUGAUGAGAAAGUAUCUCGCAGCAGAGAAGAUGGCAACGGAGGCCGAUUUAGCGGCAGUCCAGAGGAAGAACUUCACGACGUACAAUGACUUCCUACGGGAGUUUACUUUGGUAGCACUAAGAAUCCUCGGGGUUACGGACCGAAUAAUGAGUAAGUACUUCCUCAGACAAUUCUCCGAGUUCGACAAGGACAAGAUCCUGUCGUCUUACCAACAGACGAGCAAAUUUGUAAACACUAGGGAUGUUGAUUUCAGUACGGUAACGGAUCUGGCCGGAAAGACGGUAGUGACCGAGACGUUGGCUUUGCUUAAGGAAGGUGAGGUCAUAGAUCUGACCGGUAGAGCGGGUGACAAGGUUAAAAAGGGGAUUGAAAGCCUACAUGAGCGGAUGCACGGGGUCGACAAUAAAAUUGAAAGGAUGGAGGGCGCGCUACUAGUUAUGCAGGCGCAAGUGUCUAGACCCGCUCUCCCUCCCCAGAAAGUUGUGGUUCCGCUAGGUGUAGCCAACCGGGGACUCGGACGGAGAGAUCCUGCUAACGAGCAAUGCAAGUACGGUACCGCGAUGGGACAUUAUGUGCGCGCGUGCCCAAAGCUCAACCAUGAUAUUCUGAAAAGAAGGUGUACCAGGUCGUUAAAGGGGGAGAUAUUUGGACCACAAGGGGAACGGGUAAACUGGAACUCGCCAGGAGGAAUGCGGCGAGCCAUUAUCAUGCUCAACGGGUUAGAGAUAACGGUCGUAGAAGCCGAGCCGGUGGGCGAAAUCAUCUGGGAUCAACCCCGGGGGCGCGGGCCGCAGGUCAACUUUAUUUUGGAAAACGACGGACGUGAUAGGGUGAACGCCACCACUCGACUAGGAACGGCUGGGAGAAGGAUUAACCGUGACACCGUGAUGGAGGAGGUUGCUGAAAAUUCAGAACCCCAGGCAGAGCCUGAGGCCGAGGAACCGGAAAAGGUCUAUGAGAAACCUAGGGAAAAGGAGCCUACAGACAAAGUUACCGCGACCAAGAAGAAGUUUAGGUACCAAAUCCCGAUCUUAUCCUUGCCUGAGAUCGACGACACCAUUAGCAAGUUACUAGGAACCAUGGUGUCGGUAUCUUUUCAAACCAUGCUGCAGGCUAGCCCUAGGUUGCUCAAAGGGCUUACACAACUGUUGACUCGGCGGCGAGUAGAAAUAGGCGACAACCCCGAAUUACCAGAAGGGGAGAGGGAGGAGGAAGCUCCGCAAGAAGUGGCUAACCUUCAGAAAAGUCACGGGGAUUUGGAGGAUCUCGAGAAAGCUUUUGCGGACAUUCGCUUGAGCUUGCCCGACCGAGAGGGCGGCGAGGUCAUGAGGUCACCACCCGGGACAAAGCUUAGUUUUCAUGCACUGCCCGUAAGGAAGCUGAAAAUCCAGAUCGGGACUCGUCAUACCGACGCGUUAGUAGACGGGGGAGCAGAAAUCACUCUUAUAAGAAAAGAUUUCGCAAUGAUCACGGACUGUACGGUAAACAAGGAAGUAACAGGGAGCAUCCGGGGAGCUGGCGGGGAAAUCUCGUUCGCUGGGUACGUCACGAAGUCUGCUGUAAAGGCAGGAGUCAGGGAAUCGAUCUGGUCGUUUCAGCGGAUGACCGUAAUGGAGGAAAUGGACCACGACAUAAUCCUUGGGAGACCAUGGUGCGCUAACGUAGAGAUGAUAGGCAUGCACUUGCACGAUGGCUCAUACAUGGUAGACAUAGAGGACCCAGUGACUGGCCGGGGAAAGCUCCUCCGACUCCUUGGAACGGGAGGAGACCCCCCGAAGGGGAAGUUGGCAACAUGGUCGCCAUCGCUCGAGGAUAGCACGCGGAAAGGGGCUUUCGCACGGAUGGAGGGCAUGAGAGAAAGGGUAGAAAUCAUGAUUGAGGAGGCAUUCAACAAGAGGGAGUGGAUCAAGAUGGGCCUGCCCCAGAAGAAGAGGAGGCAGGAGGACGAAGUCUUAGGGGUUAUGGUAGCAGAAAAGGAGUCAGAGGUCGAGCUUGGUGCUAGCCUGCCCAAACGUAAAGAAGUACGCAUAGUCGUGCCAGAAGUUGCACUUGAGAUCCCCGAUCUGUUGCAACUCAUCAAGGCUCUCAGAUACCACAAGGUAGGAGUGGACUCAGCGGCCUUGGCCAAGUUCGAAGGAGAGGUGCAAAAGGGAUAUUGCUUGAAUGGGAAACUAGUUAGGUUUAAAAGAAAAGAGAAGAUGGAGUUCGGUGACGAAAAUGACAGCGGAGCAAUCAACAGGCCUACCGGAGGAGAGGAAGCAGGACCAAGCCAAGGGAGGAGGGCGACAAAGAGAAAGUUGUAUAUAGGACUCAUGGGUGGACCAAUGGUAGGCAGGGGUGGAAGGAAAUGCUUGUGUAAGAAACCCUCACCCCUCCGCGAGGGAGAAGGCAUAGAAAUCUCGUCUGACAGUGAGACAGGGAAGAAAAAGGCAGAAGUGGAAGAAGGAGGCAAUGCAGUUAUGGGAGAUGGGGUUCAGGUUUCUGAUGAGGACGGAGCCAACAGGGGCAAGCGACGUGAGAUUUGGUAUGGGGAAAGCGAGGGGGGACAAGACAUGCGCAACGAACAUGAGGAGAGUGAGGAGAGAAGGGAAAGCCCGCUUGAAGAACGAAGCGGCCUUGACAGUUGUGAGGGGUAUGGGAUGGGGACAGAGAUUCCUUUUAUCUACGAUCCAAAGAACCUUGCAGGUGGGUAUAGCCCCAUACAGCCAGAAGACGAGGAGGACGAGGAGGAGGAUGUACGAGAAGUCAUAGAAAUCAGCAGCGGGGAUGAGAAGUAUGAGAUCUCAAGGCCUAGGGAAGAAGGGCGGCCUCCGAUGCACCAGCCGGGCGACGGGGCUUUCGGACGGGAGGACGAGUUUGGAACGACACCCAGUCAUUGGUUUCAGCAAUAGACCAAUGUGAUCAGGCACGAAUGGAUUAUCGAGACCCGGAAACUGGCAAAGGCGGGAGUGGAAGCUACGCCGCUGGACUUCUUCAGUGAAAUUGAGCUACAGGGAAUUGCAAGAAAGAAGAGAGAAAUCGAGACCUACGGCCUGGGGGUUAGGAAGCCUGCCGAGGAACAGGGUGGACUAGGAACUGGGCAAGACGAGGCGCAAGGUAGCAAUAGGAACUAGGUGUUGGCUUAGCAUUGAAAAAGAUCGAUGCUUUUCUGUUUGCGGAAACAUGAGAAUGACGAGAACGUGUACAGUAUGGGCAAGC